AUGUCAUUAAAUAUUGAAAAAGUUAAAGAAUUUAGUAAUAAAGCAUGGGAUGAAAAUAUUUUACCAACACUUUCAAAAUAUAUUGAAAUUCCAAAUCAAUCACCAUUAUAUGAUGCAGAAUGGGCAACCAAUGGUUAUACAGAAGAAGCAAUUCAAUUAUUAGAGAAAUGGAUCUUAGCACAAGGUAUCAAAGGUAUUUCAUGUGAAAUUAAAAGAAUUGAAGGAUUAACACCAAUUAUUUUCAUGGUAGUCGAAGCAACCAAAACUGAAAAAGUUAAAACUGUACUUUUAUAUGGUCACAUGGAUAAACAACCACCACUCACUGAUGCAUGGGAUGAAGGAUUACAUCCAUACAAAGCAGUCAUCAAGAAUAACAAACUCUAUGGUCGUGGUGGUGCAGAUGAUGGUUAUUCAACAUUUGCUUCAAUCUCUGCAAUCAAAGCAUUGCAAGAACAAUCAAUUCCACAUGAUCGUUAUGUAAUUAUCAUUGAAGGUUCCGAAGAAUCUGGUUCAAUCCAUUUACCACAAUAUGUUGAGAAGUUCCAAGCUGAAAUUCAAAUUCCAUCAUUGGUAGUUUGCUUAGAUAGUGGUUGUGGUAACUAUGAUCAAUUAUGGAUGACCUCAUCACUUAGAGGUGUUUUAACUGGUGAUUUAACUGUAAAGGUUUUAAAUGAAGCAUGUCAUUCCGGUAGUGCCUCUGGUAUCGUUCCAUCUUCAUUCCGUAUUCUUCGUCAAGUUUUAGAUCGUGCUGAAAAUCAAUUAACUGGUGAAGUCGAUAAAAGAUUACACGUUGAAAUUCCACAACAUCGUUUAGAUCAAAUCGCAAAAUGUGCUGAAAUUUUAGGCGAAACCAUCUAUGAUGAAUUCUCAUGGUACAAAAAUACCACUCCAGUCACUAAAGAUUUAACCCAAUUGAUGAUCAACAAAACUUGGUAUCCAACUAUUUGCAUCACCGGUGCUGAAGGUAUUCCACACACUUCAAAUGCUGGUAAUGUCAUGAGAACUCACACCACCGUUAAAGUUAGUGUUCGUUUACCACCAUCAUUCAAAGCAGCUGAUGCAUCAACUGUAUUAAAAGAAAUUUUCGAAACUAAUCCACCAUAUGGUGCUGAAGUUACCUUCAAAAUGGAUAAAUGUGCUUCAGGUUGGGAUUCACCACAAACUAGACCAGAAUUAGAAAAAGCAUUAGGAGAAGCUUCAAAUCUUUUCUUUGGCAAAGACCACGUAUACAUGGGUGAAGGUGGUUCCAUCCCAUUCAUGAAAAUGUUACAUGACCGUUUCAAUUGUCAAUUUAUCGUUACUGGUUUAUUAGGUCCAGGUUCAAAUGCUCAUGGUCCAAAUGAAUUCUUAGAUAUUCCAUUUGCCAAGAAAUUAUUAAGUUGUGUUAUUUAUUUAUUAGAUGCUCAUUCCAAGUUUGAUUAA